ACAUACCUGUGUUGUUAGGGUUUCUAGGGUUUUCGCAGCAAAGGAGAAGCAGCAGCAGCAACAGCAGCCAUGGUUCUGAAGACGGAGCUUUGUCGUUUUAGUGGGGCCAAGAUUUACCCAGGGAAGGGCAUUAGAUUUAUCCGUUCUGAUUCUCAGGUGUUCCUUUUUGCCAAUUCCAAAUGCAAGAGGUACUUCCACAACCGCUUGAAGCCAUCCAAGCUUACAUGGACAGCCAUGUACAGGAAGCAACAUAAGAAGGAUAUUGCCCAAGAGGCUGUGAAGAAGAGGAGAAGAGCCACCAAGAAGCCCUACUCUAGGUCGAUUGUGGGUGCCACCUUGGAAGUUAUCCAGAAGAGAAGAGCUGAGAAACCUGAAGUUCGUGAUGCUGCCAGAGAAUCUGCCCUCCGUGAAAUUAAGGAAAGGAUCAAGAAAACAAAGGAUGAGAAGAAGGCCAAGAAAGCUGAGGUGACAGCAAAGCAACAGAAAGCAGGGGGGAAGGGUAAUGUUGCGAAGGGUGCUGUUCCUAAGGGACCCAAACUUGGUGGCGGCGGUGGAAAGCGCUGAGUUGCCAGUUCCUUGUUAGUCUUUUUCUGUUGUUGGAGUAAUAGAUGGUAUUCUCUUUGUUAAGGCUGUCCGAAGACUGAUUGGCACUAUAUUUCGGGCAAAAUGUUUUGAGUUUCUGCAUUUGUUCUUAUAUAUAUUAUGAACUUGUUAUUGAAAAGUUGAUCUCUACUUCUAUAGCUACUACCUUUAUGGAUGUCGAACCUUGCUCUUGGCAGACAUGUCCAAAAAUCAGACCAUGGAGUGUGCUAGAGUAUGUUUCCAGGGAUCAACUCUUGGAAUAAGCGGCUUGAGGGAGA